AUCGAACUCCAAGCAUGCCUCCUCCAGGAUCCCCCCAGGUUGGCAACUGGGUUUCGGGCCUGGAAUCUUCAACACCAUCGAGCCCGGUCGGAGGGGGUCUUGGGAGACGAGGAGGACCCCGGGGGAGAUUGGAUGAUUCCGAGGAGUCCUUGAAUUCGGCAUCGGUUGGGGGAGGGGGAUGUCCCUCGAAUGGAUGCGGGAACUGGCUGUUGCUCGUGACAACAACGGCUCUCCUUGCACUCGUUGUCCUCCUGGUCGCCAGUCUCCUCCAACUGAUCAUGGCCUCUGGACAUCCUCACAACAACUACAUCAACAACGGAGGUCUGAUCCCAUUCCCACAGCUGAGUGUCGAAGCAAUUCUGAACAAGAUUCUCGUUUGGAUCAGACGGAACUCCACCAUGUCCAUCCCGCCGACAAAGGAGGAGGGUAAUAACCUACCUGAUGAGUCUGAUGAAGACAGUCGGAGAUACCUACAGGAUCGUAGACUUCUCACAAACCCAUCGAUGACCUACCCUGAACCUCCGGCGUCCGAAGCGACCGACGACCCUACAACGGAGGAAGAUCCGAAUAGCACCGAGGAAUCAGGCGAAACCGACGACGCUGAGAACCAAGGACCUCCCAUCUUCGAUGAUUACCCGACGAGAACGUCGACGUUAAGGCCGAUUGAUAUACUUAAGGGCAUCUUAAAAGAUAAUCGAACGACAUCGACUACCACUCCGUCGAACAGGGAAGCCGAAAAACACCAUACGACCGAGGCGUCGAUACCGACUCGGAGGCCCCAACCGACAGCGUCACCGGCUCGCGAACUCUGGUGCCACGUGUACGCUAACGCCGGUCUGCGGGACGAUCAGCUCCGACAGUUGGCAGACCAAUGCACGUAUCUUCUCGUUGACGGAGAGGUUCAUCUCCAGGGCUCAGGUCUUAUGCCAAAGGUGAUGUCGGACGCGCAGAUGCUGAAUCGUCUCCGAGGAGCAAUGCCGUCAUCUGUGAAAAUUCUGCUAGCCACCAAAGACUUCGACUCGGGCUUCGACAGAUUACUCGAGAUCGAUGACAACGAGCCAAUGGCAAGCGACGAUGAACAGCGCGUCCGAUCCACCUCUGGGACACCUGCGAUUUCCCCUAAACGAAAGCAAGCAUUCGACGCCGUCAUCGGACUGCUGAAACGCUACCAAGUCCAAGGCUUGGCGCUGCGAGAAUUAGACAGCGCCAAACAUUACAACCAGGGCGACAAGGGCGAGCGAGCCCAAUUGCGAGCGCGCUGGGCCGUGCUCUACAUGCAGAUGGCCGAGUAUCUCGCCGAGAAGGGCUUCGAGCAUGCGUUCUUGGUGAAACCUUCGCUCGAACGCUAUCGUGAGUAUUCACUUCGUAACAUUGUUAACGAGGGCCUGGGACCGGUCCUCCUGACAAGUGGGGCUUUGCGAGCAGCGACGAGCACUCUUUGCGUCUCGCCCUUCAAAUGGGUGCGCGAUAAAAGAGUCAUCACCCAAACCAAGGUGCUGAAAGAAGCGAAGGACUACUUCGGUAAAACGUGGAAACGCAAUCUCGUUUUCGCUGUGGCGCCGUUCGUCACCAACUGUCGCGUAUACAACAAGACAGCUGUGUACAACUGCACUCGGAGCUACUACAGCGAGUUCUGCAAGCACGCCUCUCGAGGAAUGCUUAUCGAAGGAACGAUGAGAUACGGCGCGGAGAGUGAUUGCUUCAGCGCUCAAACCCGUCAGGAUGACGGACAGGUUAUCCUCUGGACUGGGAUGGGUCCCAUGUCCGGUCAAUUUAUUCGAAGUCUCGGUCAAUCUCGAGGCCUGAUGAUGUACAACGCAUUCGCGGACGACAAAGAGGGUCUUUGCGGCUUCGGCCCCUUCCCCUUGCUCAAAGCGGUGCAUGACGCUCUACAAGGCAAAGGAGGAUUCGACAGCGGGAGAGGACUCUAAUCGACUAGAUUACUAGUAGGUGCGAAUAACGGCAAGAGCCAACUGUGAAGUGGAAAAAAAAAUAAGAACGACUUCGACGCUAGAGGAAGUAAGUCGAGGAUUCCCGCGUCACCGGAUAAGCCGCCGAUCGGGACUCACUCGUUCGAGCGGUCUGGAAUCUCGGAGAAGACCAUUUCUAUACUUUCAUUCAAGAGAGACCGAAAUACGGUGCUCUCAGCUCAACUGGCCAAUUUAGGUAAGGUCGUACUCAGAGAUGAAGCUGUCCGUUCGACGA